UCAAUAGCAGUCAUCCCUCCCUUUUCGCCCCUCACUUCUUCAUCAUUAGGUUACCAUCUUGCAACAACCUCAGGACUCAACUUGAUUAACUUCCUUUGUUCAUCGCAAAAAAAAAAAAAACAAACAAACAAAAAAACACGCAGUCAUGGCCUUCACAAUGCACUCGCACUCCGGGCAAUUUUGCCCGGGACACGCAAAGGACCAGCUCGAAGACGUCAUCCUCCAUGCCAUCAGCAUAGGAUACAAGACCAUGGGUCUUAGCGAGCACAUGCCACGGACCCAGCUGUGCGAUCUAUAUCCAGAAGAACUUGUGCCUGACCCGCACGCCUCCCUCGCGGAGCUAAUGCCGCGCCACGCUGCCUACAUGACCGAGGCGCGUCGGCUGCAAAAGAAGUACGCCGAUCAGAUUACCCUGCUCAUCGGCUUCGAGGGAGAAUUCAUCCGGUCUGAGUACGCGACCCUGGUGCGCUCGCUGGCCGACGGCAACGGCGACCCGUCCUACUUCCAGAACGGUGACAGCAAGCUCGUCGCCGACGCCGGCAGGGUCGACUACUUCAUCGGCUCGCUGCACCACGGCGCCGGCGGCAUCCCCAUCGACUUUGACCGCGCCACCUACCUGCGCUCCGUCGAAGCCGCCGGCCCCGGCGGAGAGGAGGAUCUGUUUGUGCACUACUACGACCAGCAGUUUGAGAUGCUCCAGGCCCUGAGGCCGCCCAUCGUUGGCCACUUUGAUCUGAUCCGCCUGAUGAGUGAAGAACCAGGCCGCGACCCGAGCGCCUGGUCGCCGGACCGCGUCUGGCCGCUCGUCAAGCGGAACCUCGAGUUCGUUGCGAGCUACGGCGGCUGGCUCGAGUGCAAUUCUAGCGCGCUCCGCAAGGGGCUCGCCGAACCGUACCCGUGCCGCCCCAUCGCGGAGGAGUGGGUGAGGCUGGGCGGUAGGUUCACAAUGUCUGACGAUAGCCAUGGCAUCGCGCAGGUUGCCACAAACUACGUGAGAGCUCUGGACUACCUCGAGUCGCUCGGUGUGACGGAGGUCUGGACAUUUGAUCGGGCUAAAGAGGGUUCAGGGCUCGUGGAAAAGAGCGUGUCGUUGACAGAGUUUCGCGCCUCUCUGAGUCUCCCAACAACGGUGUCCAAGUCAUCAUGAUAGAAAAUCAUGAUUCAUCCUCAUAGCACAUGAACUUCUUCUCAUUCAUGGCAUAGAAACUAGACUUAGAAGUUAUAGACAGAAGACAUGCCGUGCGUCAUGACCUUACGAAUCCCAAUACCAAAUAGGCAGAACAGGGUGCAAAGCUUUAUUGCGGGGAUUGUAGAUCAAAGGUACGUGGCAUUUUUUAUAUGCAGUUGCUAGUGUAGAAAUUCCAUAGUUUCAGGGGUGUGCCGCGUGAGCCUAUCAAAGAUAUGCUCUGUCCCUAUCGACUAAGCAUUUGCGAAUUACCUUUUGUAUAAUAUCUCCAAUUGCAG